AUGCAGGAUGACAGCUACAUGAGGAUGACAGCUAACGAUGAGGAUGACAGCUACAUGGAGGACAGCUACAUGGAGGAGACAGCUACAUGGAGGAUGACGCUACAUCUGUUUUUGAGCGUAUUGCAAAUUGUGAGUGGCGCUUUGCUGGACUCCGUCCGCAUCCAGGCAAUCUGGAAAGAGCAGAGGCGCCACCUCCACUGCAUACAGGACCCGCCCGGUGUACAGCUGUACACCGAGACCGGCAAAAUCACCAAGGGCGGCGUGAUUUUGCCGGUUUAUCGCUGCGCACGGGGCUCCACAUCCUUGGAGUCAUUCCACCUCCACCUCAACCGGUUCAUCCCAGGUACCAGGGCAAAUGCCAUGCAUUUCCAGGCAUUCCUGUUGGAUGGACUGGUGAGGUGGAACGAGGACCGUGCGCAGGCGGCAGUGGAGGGAAAGAACAGGCAGCCCCUGCUCUCCUACAGUGGCCACCUGCAGCACAUCCUUAACCUUAGCAGCCAAAGGGUGCUUGGCAAAGAACAGGUUAAGGACUACACCAAGCCUAGCGAGUACACGGGGGAACUCCUCGGAGUGGAGUACCUGUACUCGCAGACUGGCAGAGUGCUGCAGGAUGUCAGCGCGGACCCUGACCUUCCGGAAGAGACAUCCGCCGUCGAGCAGCUCGACGAGGAGGACGAGGGCUUUCAGGAGGAGGAUGUGGACCAGACAGUCCACAUCCCUCAUGUCGCUACUAUGAGCGCCCCGUCCUCCAGCUCAGCGGCACCUCUGUCAGGGGAACCCGCUGACGCACCUCUGUCAGGGGAACCCGCUGACGCACCUCUGUCAGGGGAACCCGCUGACGCACCCAGGUCUGGGCCAUCCAGUCCCACCGCCCCUGAAGACGGAAGCUCUCCUGAGGCCCCUGAUCGACACGGUUCUCCUCACCCUGACCACUCCUCUGAUUCAGAGGGGGAGACGAAAACCUCUGAUGCAAUGCCGGCUACCAGCAUGUCCGUAGGCUUGCCAGGCCUUGUGGGUGGGAACCGUCAGGCUGUCGACCACAGGGUAGACGUCUGUGGAGCUGUGGCUGGCGCUGCCAGACCUCGACAGCAACGCUAUCUACCCGCCACACAGAGAGACGUUCAGGGCUAG